AUGCCCAAGCACGUCACUUCCAGCUGCUGCUGGAGCACCAUAGAGGCCCUGCAGCCAUCUUUCAGCGACACCACGCCAGUGCAGGCUGCGGCAGCAGCAGCCCCGGCAGGGGGCAGCAGUCCCCUGGAGGGGGCUUCCACCAUGGAAGAUGUCUAUGACCUGCUUGCCGGCCGGGUUGAGGAGCUGCUGCAGCAGCGGGGGCCAGGGGCUCCAAAAUUCAUGGUGGGGGUGGCAGGGGUGCCCGGCAGUGGCAAGUCCUCGCUGGCCAAGGCGGUGGUUGAGUUGCUCAACCAGCGCGGCACGCCGGCGGUGAAUGUGCCCAUGGACGGCUUCCACUUCUUCCGCCGCCAGCUGGACCAGAUGCCAGACCCGCAGCUGGCGCAUGCGCGGCGGGGAGCCGAGUGGACCUUUGAUGCGCGCGCCUACCACGCCUGCCUUGCUGACAUCAAGCACACAGGCCAGGGCGCGGCGCCCUCAUUUGACCACGGCGUGGGCGACCCGCGGCCAGGCGACAUUGCGGUGGAGGCGCACCACGCCGUGGUAGUGUCGGAAGGGAACUACCUGCUGCUGGCGGCGGAGCCGUGGUGGCGCCUGCGCCAGCUGUUUGACGACACCUGGUUCAUCGACUGCCAGCUGGAUGUGGCCAUGCAGCGCGUGUUUGAGCGGCAGACCGGCAACGGCGUGGCGGCAGAGGUGUCGCGCUGGCGCAUCGCCGCCAACGACCGCCCCAAUGCGGAGCAGGUGGAGACGACGCGUGGGCGGGCCGCGCUUGUGGUGCCAACGCUGCUGCUCAGCUGA